AUGCUAUUUCUGCCAUGGAGUGAUGAAGAAAAGGACCUUAUUAAUAUAAAUCAUGAAGAGAUAUUUGAAUUACAUAAAGAUUUGAUUCGACAGAAAAGAUCUGAAUAUGUUCAUCGUGAAGCCAAUGAAUUUGAGCAAGCUUUUGAAGAGCAUAUGGAAAGAGAAAUUGAAAAUAAUAUCGAUGAUAUAAAUGUUGAAUAUGAUCAAGAUAAGAAUGAAAUUCUCAUUUAUGAAAUAGAAAAUAAUGAAGACGAUAUCUUUGUUAAAAUGGGACUCAAUACUCGAACUGAAAAAGUUGAACAUUUUAAUGUUCCUAAAAUAAUACCAGAUACUGAAUAUCAGGAAAUGAUGAGAAAUCUCAAUAAUAAUCAAAGAAGAUAUACUUUCAAUAUGAUGAAUUUGGUAAAAAAUGGUGAUAAGCAAUUUUUUCAUUUCAUCAAUGGAGGUGCAGGUGUUGGCAAAAGUACUUUGAUCAAAGCAGUAUAUCAGUCGAUACUGAAAUUUUAUAAUUCUCUUCCUGGAUCUAAUCCAGAAACUAUUCGUACUGCAAUCUGUGCGCCAACUGGCAAAGCAGCAGCACUAAUUGAUGGAAUGACGUUGCAUUCAUUUUUAAGUUUACCAGUAAAUCAAUGCAAACAUAAGCUUGUUCAACUAAAUAGCGAUGUUUCGAAUAGAAUUGGAGUCAAAUUAAAAGACUUACAAUCAUUAAUAAUAGACAAAAUAUCAAUGGUUGGUUUUACAAUGUUUCAACAAGUCGAUGCACGUUUGCAGCAAAUAAUGAGAACAAAGAAACCAUUUGGUGGAAUACCAGUCAUAGUUUUAGGCGAUUUCAAUCAAUUAAGACCAGUUGGUGAUAAAUACAUAUUUCAGUUUAAUAAUUCAUAUAAUGCUUUAGUAGAUAGUCCAUUAUGGUCAUUAUUUGAAUUGUUUGAAUUAACAGAAAUUAUGAGACAAAAGGAUGAUAAGACUUUUGCCAUUGCAUUAAGUAAUAUAGCUAAAGGAACAAUGACAGAUGAAGAUAUUAAUUUAUUAGAGUCACGAAUUGUUUCAACUGAAAAUUUGGAAACGAUUGAAGAUGCCAUAAGGAUAUUCAGAAGCAAUGCUGAAGUUGAUGCAUACAAUACAAAAGUAUUGGCUAAUCUUAAUACUGAAGGUGCAACUGCCAAUGCAUAUGACUUUUGUAUUGGUGAUGGACUUGCAUCAUUAAAAGAAAAAGUGUUGAACAACGUAAAGAAUCUCAAAACAACUGAAACUUAUGGCUUACCACUUAAAAUCGAUUUGAAAGUGGGCGCUAAGAAUAUGAUGACAGUGAAUAUUGACACUGAAGAUGGAUUAGUAAAUGGCGCCUGUGGAAAACUGAUAAUGAUUGAUUAUGGAAAACUUCAAAAGACAAACGAGACAGUACCAUGUCGACUAUGGAUUAAAUUUAGUGAGAAGAAGACUGGAAGAAAAGCUAGAGCUAACUUUCACAAUGUAAUGCGAAAUAGAAAUAUCGAUCUCAGUCUCACACCAAUUGAACCAGUAACACGACAAGUAAAUACAAGAUCAACUAAUUUCAAAGUAGAACGGAAACAGUUUCUUCUAGUUCCUUCUGAAGCCAUGACUAUAUAUAAAAGUCAAGGUGGCACUUAUGAAAAAGUCGUUGUCAAUCUAAAGAAAGGAAUGACAAGAUCUGAAUUAUACGUCGCUUGUAGUCGUGCAACAAAAGCAAGUGGUUUAUAUUUAAUUGGCGACUUCGUUCCACCGAAACCACCUGAACGUAAUGAUGCAGUGACGAUGAUGUUCAAAAGCAUGAGAUCCGAACGAAUGCUGAAAUUUUCACUUGAAUUUCCUGAAGAAGCUCAAGAAGAAAGAUUUUCGAUUAUGUUUGAUAAUGUACAAUCAUUGAAUAAACAUAUUUCAGAUAUUAAGUGUGACAAAACAUUUUUGUCUUCUUCCAUGAUAAGUCUUGUUGAAACAUGGACACAACCAAGUGACAACUUGGAAAUUGAAGGUUUCAAGAUAGUUCACAGAUGUAAUUGUGAUGAUGUACGAAAACCAUUUGGUCAAAUCAUUUAUUUAAAAAAAUGA